GAGAGGUACUGUUCGCAUGUCUUUCGCUCGAUAAACUCCACUGGCGUCGUAUGUGCUAGUGCAUCAAACCGUUCCUAACCCUCUUUCCAUAAAUUUUGUUGAAAUAAUGGCAAUAAAUGCAGCAAAGGCAAUUCUUAAAAAUGGAAAAACUGUAUUAUUUAUAUGUGACUUUCAAGAAAGAUUCGCAAAAGCUAUGUUCGAAUUUGAUAAAGUUCUUGAAAAUUCUGUAAAAUUGGUAAAUUCCAUGAAACUUUUAAAAGUUCCAAUGAUUGUGACGGAACAAAAUCCAAAAGCUUUGGGCAAAACUGUACCACAACUAGAUAUAUCUUGCGCUAAAGGUCCUUUUGAGAAAACUCAAUUUAGUAUGUGUACCGCUGACGUCAACGAAGCACUUUCCAAUAUUUGUUGCGGAACCCGUCCUGAGUCCAUAAUACUUAUCGGAAUUGAAACUCAUGUUUGCGUUGAGAAUACGGCGAUUGAUUUGAAAAUGAGUGGAUACGAGGUUCAUACCGUGGCAGAUUGUUGUACAUCUCGCACGCAAGAAGAUAGAUUAUUAGCACUGAAGAGGAUGCAAGCAAUAGGAUGUCACAUAUCCACUUCAGAGACUGUUAUUUUUAAAUUAUUAAAAGAUGCAAAGCACGAAGAGUUUAAAAACAUUCAAAAACUGGUAAGAACGCCUACGUUAUAUACAGGGCUUGUAACCGUAUCAAAGAUAUAAAGAUAGCUUUCCUCUGUUUGAGAUCUUUUAAUUCGUAAAAAAUAGAUGGGUUAUGAAAUAUAUUUUUGUAAAGAAUUUGGAUGUGACAAAUGUGUAUAUUAUUUCAUUAUAUCGUACAUGAAUGUCUUAUAAAAACGGUAAAAAAACUUAAGAUGGAAUAAACUUGACAUAGUAAUAGAAAAA